AAUAGAGAUAAGAUAUUGUAAUAUUCAAUGAAAUAAUUGAUUCCCAUUCCGCUUAAAUAUCAUAAAGUAUAUUAAUUGCACAAUGGAAUGUUUAUUUAAUUUAUUGUUUUAUACGAGUUUGUUGUGUCUACCGGUUUUAUUGUACUUUUUGUUAUUUAAAACAAAUUCUAAAAGUGUUUAUUAUCAAACAGAUUGGUUUUAUUUGAUAAAAUUAAUCGCAGCCAAAAAAGAGAUAAGAAAACAUCAAACAAAAUAUAAGAAUCGGUUAAAAAAAUUAAAAGAAAGACUAGAAACGGAAAUAUUUUCACCGAAUUUAGAGAGUAUAGAUACUCAAACGUUUCACGGUAUAGACUCCGAUGGCAAUUCUCUAAAUUUCAAAUUAGAAAUAGGAAUUGAAAAAAUAGCGGAAGCUAGUUUACAUCUAAGGCUAAAAGAUGGCAACACGUACGUUUUCCCUGGCGAAAAAGGAAGCGUCCAAACUAGCUUACCAAAAACCGCUUGGAAAAUCGCCGGACUGUGUAUAGAAACGUUGGAACCGUUCAGAAAAUUGAGAAUCACAUUUAACGGUUUGUUGAAAAAUAUUUCCGAAACAGGUUUCGAAAAAAUUGAACAUGUACAGUUCAAUUUCAUUUUCACUUCGUUCUGUUCCCCGCAUUAUUUCCCCCAAGAUAUAGACACCACGAUGUACGCAAAUUCUUUAGCUAGUUGCCGUUGGAGAGACGGUUCGUGGAAAGAGAACAUUAUACCUCAAUAUGGUUUCGAACAAUUGGGCGCCCUCAAGGGAUUUAUAAAAGGGGAUUCUUACACCGAAAAUUUAAUUCUAAAUAUUCCUGGUAACAGAUGUAGGAUUAAAGGAAUCAGCGAUAGAUUUUCAAUGAAAAACACCGCGAAAUUUCUAAUUAUAGACGAAUAUGGAAAUAUUUUCAACAUUACAGUCAAAUGUUUAAUAGAUAAUAGCAUUCAAUUUGUUUACGGGUUCGUUUUACUCAGCAACGACAAAAAAUACCCUCUUAGUAAGGUAAAUUACCAAAUGCGACAUAUAGGCGAAAAUAAAAAUUUUCCAGAUUGUAUAAAAACCGACGUGAAAGCUAAUAACAAAAUUUACAAAAUAAUAUUGCAUUUGAAUAAAAGAAGUCUUGUUUCUUCGUGUAAUAAUACUAAAUACGGAUUCGAAUAUUACACAAUGACGGCUGAUUGUAUCGUCAAUGUCAACAGCGGUAAAGCAAUCGUUGAAUUUUGGUAUGCGCAACAAGGUGAUGAAAUGUUCAUACCAAAACCAAAAUUGUGCGAUAAAAAAGUAGAUCAUUUACCGGAAAAAUUAGUAACUAAUAUAGACGAAGAAGAAUCUCUGAUAUUAAAUCUUACUGGGGGAAAAGGAAAUUCGUUGGCAUUGUUAGUUUCAUUAAAUUCAUCGAUGUUUAGCGUUCCCGAAGGUUUCAUAGUAACUGUCAAAGCGUACAAUCUACAUCUGUCAAAAAAUACAGAGUUGUCUAACCUCGUAGAAGCCUUAAAUCGAAUUUGCUGCGGAAAAUUAGAUGGACACUUGAAAGAAGCUUGCGGAAAGGUAGUCGAAACCUUCAAGCGAGACUCGAUUCACCCCAAUGUUCGCAAAGAAAUCGACACUCAAUUAGAAAAAUAUUCGAAAGAAACAGAAUUUUUUGGUUGGGCUGUACGAUCUUCCGCUAUUGGAGAAGACUCUGAAGAUUUAUCCGCGGCGGGACAAAACGAAACGUUCCUUGCCUGUCGCAAUCAAACUGAGAUUCUGAAUAAGGUUUUAGCUUGUUGGGCUUCGCUGUAUACUUACCAGAGCGUUCAAUAUAGAUGGCAGCACGGUUUACCGGUUAUAACCGAAAUGGCUGUUGUGGUACAAAAAAUGGUGAAGGCUGAUUCGGCUGGUGUACUAUUUACAUGCCACCCAUCAACUUCGAAUCCAUCUCAAAUGGUCAUUACCUCUAAUUUCGGUCUCGGAGAGACGGUGGUUUCCGGAGACAGCGAUCCGGAUACUUUCAUUUUAAACAGGACUUGGGACGGAAAAGUGUGUGUCUUGGAAAAAAUUUUGGGAUCGAAAAAUAAAGUGCUUGAAAUAACGUCCGUUGGUUUAGAAGAAAGUGUUGAUAACAGAAAUUGUAAAGAAUCAUGGAGUAUAAGUGAUAAACAAGCAGUGGAAUUGGGGAAAGUUGGUGUUUUACUCGAGGAGGCGUUUGGAAAUCCGAGAGAUAUCGAAUGGGCUUUUUACAAGAAUAAAUUAUAUUUGCUUCAAUCUCGACCUAUAACGACUUUAAAUGGUUGGUCGGAUUUCGAACUGUCACACGAAAUGGAUACUCCUCUAAGGACUAAAAAGGCUUUUUUCACAACCGCCAACAUAAGAGAGGUUAUACCGAAAGCAACGACCGUAUUAUCACAUUCCACUUCCGUUCGAUGUACCGAUUGGGCUAUACAAAAAUUCGCUCAAGUAAAUUUCGAUCCGUUAUCCAACAAAGGAAUCAUCAUCCAUCAACAUAACGCUUUAAUAGAUAUAACUAUUUCAAUUCACAAAAACGUUCGAUCCGAAGUCCACGUCAGCGGAUUAAUAUUAGAUCUAGCAAUAUUCGGCCACCCUGUAUUAGAUAAAAAAAUCCACGAAAUUAUAAAGAAUCGUUUCGGUAUAGCAUCACCUUUCGUCUUAUUAAAAGAUAUAUACAGAGUAAUGAAAAACAGUUGGUACGACAUCGUAAGCGAUGCCAAAAAAUUAGUAGACCGAGUCGAAUUGAAAUUGAAAAAAACCGAUGAUGUUCCUGGAAUUUACAAAAAUAUCAACGACAGUUUAAUAAAUUUAGGAGAAGUCGCCGUAUGUCACACUAAAACUAGUGCAGUAUCCGUAUUUUAUCAAAUUAUAGCUAUGAAUAUAAUGCUUGAAGGAAAAUCGGAUUUAACCACGGAACAUAUUUCCGAUUUCGCUUGUAUUUUAUCUUCAUGUGAAGACGUUAUAUCAGCGGAAAUUCCUAAAUAUUUAGAAGAUAUUGCUAAAAUUAUAAAUCAAGAAGAAUAUUCAGAUGAAUUUUUAAAUUUACGUCCUCGCGAUGGGGUAGAAUUUUUAAAAAAUCAUGUUAACAAAGCCUACUAUCUAUUUAACGAAUUUAUGGAUAAACAUGGACAUAGAAGUUUACACGAGUUUGAAAUUAUGGAACCUUCUUGGAGAGAAAAUCCCGAUUUAAUAAUAUCGAUGAUACAAGCAAACGUAAAAAAUCAAAGAACGACUAAAAAAGAUACGAAAAAUUUACAAGAUAUCGUUAAUAAUCUAAAAUCGAUAAAAAGGAAAAGUACAAGGAGCCUAAUAAAGUUCUUGAUACAACGUAUCAGAGUAGCAGUUGGUUGUAGAGAACAAACCAAAUCGGAAAUGAUUAGAGGUUACGAUAAAUUGAGACAAGCGUACAGACUAUUAGGGAAAACGAUGGUAUUGGAAGGAUUAUUACCGUCCGAAAAUUUAAUUUAUCAUCUUACUCAUGAGGAAAUCGGUUCGAUAAUAAACAAAAGAAAUCCAACGUUAAUAACGAAAGCUAUUAGACGUCAAAAGUUAUAUCCAAUAUGGAAGAAACUCGAAUUUCCGGAAAUAAUGCCGGAAGUUCCAAAGCCAGAAGAAGAUAAUUCGAAAAUUCUCGUAGAAAAUUUGACAGAACUAUGUAAAGGUACUCCUGUAUGUACUGGAAUCGUUCGGGGCAGAGCGUGUGUGAUUAAAAGUCUAGAUGAAAUAAAUCAAUUGAAUACAGGUGAUAUUUUGAUAACUUAUAGUACGGAUAUAGGUUGGUCGCCGUAUUUUCCUAUGUUGUUAGGAAUCGUAACUGAAUUGGGAGGUUUAGUUUCACAUGGAGCUGUUGUAGCUAGAGAAUACGGAUUGCCGUGUAUUGUAGGAGUACAAAAUGCCACUAAACACUUCAAAACCGGCGAUAUGGUACAGUUAGAUGGGAAUAGAGGAGAAUUGGGAAAAAUUUAAUGCAGUUGUGAUAAAUACGUUAAAUUCAAUAUGUUGUUUAUUAUUGUAUUAUAUAUUUUAAUAAUUAAAAAUGAUAAAUACCCUCAAAA